CUCAGCGCGCAACAGUUGAGUUCGAUCGGUGAAGCGGUUGAGACAUGCGAUGGAGAUGCUGCGACUCUUCUGCCUGAUUUGUUUGGCUGUGUGCGGAGUGAGUGUCAAUGGCCAGUACUGGGAGAACGGCGGCACACAGGCACAGCUCGAGCCAAACAGGUGGGACUACGGUAACAAUAAUCGAUGGCCGUCGGGUUACUUUAACGCAUAUUAUAGACCGCCUCAGAAUCGGCCACCCCCACCGCCCUGUGGCGCCCCGCCCCCCGGUCCGCCACCGCCGGGACCACCACCACCCGGACCACCGCCUGGAUGUCCGCCUGGAGGGCCACGGCCGCGAAAGCCUCCGCGCGGCAUCGGUGGCGGUGUUGGUGGUGGUCGUGGACACAAAGAUAGGUACGCGCCCCGCCGACCGCCAAAAGACCACUAUCGAAACUUUCACAACAUCUUCCUGGACAUGGAACAGAAAAUGGAUGCACAAAACUACAACCACACGGCCGAAAUGGAGGACUUGCAGGAUGACUUCAACGGCAGGUCAAUUGUGGCACCCGGCCAGUACCCACACAUGGCCGCUCUCGGAUUCCGCAAUGAGAACCACCAAAUCGAUUAUAAAUGCGGCGGCAGUUUGAUCAGUGAGUAUUUUGUGCUCACUGCCGCGCACUGCUUAACCACACAUGGCACCGCUCCGGAUGUGGUCAAAAUCGGAGACAUCAAACUCAAGGAAUGGGAAAACGAUGUGGCUCCGCAGAGGCGUCGUGUGGCACAGAUCCACCUGCAUCCACUGUACAGCACCACAUACUACUACCACGACAUAGGACUCAUACAGUUGAACCGACCCGUGGAGUACACGUGGUUCGUGAAGCCCGCACGGCUGUGGGCGAGAGACGAGAUACCCUACAACAAACUAUACUCGAUGGGCUAUGGCUCGACAGGAUUUGCGCAGGCUCAAACCAACAUCUUGACGGAACUGGACCUAUCAGUGGUGCCGCUACCAACAUGUAAUAGCACUCUGCCGGCGGACGAGAGUGCUCCACAGGGACUACUGAGUAGUCAGAUAUGCGCCCACGACUACGAGAAGAAUCGCGAUACCUGUCAGGGGGAUUCUGGUGGGCCCCUGCAGUUGAACUUGGAGCGUCGUCGCCGUCGUCGUCACCGGAACGGAAGGCGUUUCCGUUACUAUUUGGUUGGAAUCACUUCGUAUGGGACCUACUGCCGCAGCGAGUUUCCAGGUGUUUACACGCGUGUUUCGUCCUACAUUGACUGGAUAGCAUCCAUUGUGUGGCCGAAUUACUACAACGAGUUCGCCAAUCAGAAUUAGUUUGCCCAAUUCUGUUAUUUUUGUUUUACUUUUUUCUACUUUUCUACUCGGGUUCAACUGGUUACAGUUGCUAGGCAGGGAAUUACUUAUU